AUGGAAAGACAACACUUGGAUGCUGCGGAGCAUCCACAUCACACGCUUCCAUACAUUGACGUCGAGCUCCAAUUCGACCCGCUCCAGGCUGACCCGCUGCUUCAGAAAUCGCUCGUGCUCGAUGACAGCCACAAUACCGCCGAUGAUCUUCUUUCCGACACAGAUACGUACGACAGCCGUAGUUUUAGCAUGAUGGCUGCCCCCAAUAGUUUGGGCCAUCACAAGCGCAAAUUGUCGCCAGACGAAGAAUUGUCAGAUUCAGAGUCGACAGACGCCACUUCUGACAUGUCAGGAAGAUUCGAUGAUGCGGAUGAGGAGUCAGAUGUCGAGCAGCACCAGCAGCAGAGCACAGUGGCAAAGACGGAGACGGAGACAGAAGGGGAUGCUGCUGUUGUUGCUGCUGGAGCAGAACAAGUGCAUUCGGCUAAGCGUGGGAGAUCGAAUGGCUGGCCGCUGCAAAAUGAGAUUGCAUACGAUGAGAAUGGCAUGAAGAUCGAUCUGAGUGCACGAAGGGCCACCCCAACGCCCACCCCAACGCCUACAAAGACAAAAGCAAAAACCAAAGGCACGAAUUCGGCAUCACCACGUGCAAGAUCCGCCGCGCCGGUGCUGCGCAUUCGACGCUCAAGAUUCAUCGAAGGAAGUAUGAAUGAUCGAGUUAGCGAGAAGCCGCCAAGCAUUUUCUUUCGGGACGAUCAGAUUCAGGACCAGAACCAGGGAUAUAACCUGUCACAUUCUGACGCCGCUGCGGGUGGAGAGAAGAAGACUCUAGAGAAAAGAUCGUCAGGAAUAUUCCGGUUUGGGAAGGCUAUAGCCUCAGCUUUUCAUCCCUUUGGAUCCCGCGGUGCCAACAAACCCGAGCUUUGGAGAAACUCGCAAGACGCCGGUGGUGCCAAGUCACAGAAGGAAAUCAUGAAGCAAAGACAGAUCAAGGCAGAGCAGGCCUAUGCUGAAUUGAAAAAGUCUGGCUACAAGGGCACGGGUACUACUUGUUCCUAUGCCAAUACCAACUUUAAUUACAACAGCAACAACAAAGUUGAUGCUGGCAUCGCCGAUGAAACAUGGAAAGCGAUUCAAGAGAAGAUGGGCUACAAGGUAGCCAAUGAGAGCCGGAUCUCACAGGACGAUACUCUUGUUGCUGCGCCUGGAGCCAGGGAAGAAGCGCUCACUCCUUUAUGUGCCGAGAAGGGGGUUUCAAAGUUCAAAUCUUUCUCUGAAUUGCGGAAGCGCACCUCAAACCUUAGCAUCCCGGCGAUACGAUUUCGUGAUGCGUCUCCUAUGGGCAUACCGCCGUCUGACCGAGAGGACGAGCACAACCACAACUCACAUCGAAAUAUGGAGCGACGACAGUCGCGCAAAGAGCUGAAUAGACAGGCCAAAUUGCUGAAAAGAGUCAGCAAUCUGGAAGACAAGUUACUGCGAGCUCGACGAGAGCUGCGAGAAUUCGUCGACUUGUCUGACUUGGCCGACGAAAAUCAUUGUCAACAUCUACCGACAAUACCGACUAUCUGUGUCGAUGACGAGCACAGUCGGCCUAGCGCUCUGCCUACCAUUCUCUCAGAGAGGCUUCUCGACGACGGGCAUGUUCACAAUCCCUUCGAGACUGAGACAGAGUCUGAUACCAUAAAGCGAGGAGCUAGCCACAAGAGUGCGAUGUGGCCACCUGUUGACAGCCUGUCACGCAAGCGUAGACAACCGAUUGCGGCCGUAGCUGCAGAUGACUCUGAAACUGAGGUCAAUAUGAUGCAUCACAACGUCGAUGAUGAUAUGGAUUGUGAAGUUUAUGACGCCGACUGCGGUAAGGCAUACGAUGACAACUCCCCUAGAAGCACCACAGCAGCUAAACGUGUGCGUAAUAAACUUCGAUCAACGCGAGACAAGCGAGCCUCCAGUUUGACGACCAAGGCGAGUCAACGUCUGAAAGCCAAGCAGUCGUCUCGCAAUUUGCGCCAGGUAGCCAACCAAAGUGCGAUUAAGAACAACAGCGAUAGCAAAAAAGACGAGAAAACAACCAGUAAUCAUCUUCAGGAACAAGAAGGAAACAACGCGUCAUCUACACCUACAUCAUCCGCGCAAAAGAAAAGAGGACGGACUUAUUAUGGUGACGACGACGAGAAUAUCCCGCCUGUCCCACCCGUUCCGCAGGAGUUGUUGUCAGGAGAUAAUGGUAGUAGUAAGAUUACUACGAGGGGGAUGAAAGCUGUUUUGAAGCCGAGAGUUCCGUCGAAGGAGUUUUCUUGGCCGGAGGAUAUCUUCUGA